AUGUACAGAAAUAUGGAUUUGGACACCUUGCAAGCCUUGCAGAAUGAACUCAUCUGCUCCAUUUGUAUGAACUACUACAUAGACCCUGUCACCAUUGACUGUGGGCAUAGCUUUUGCAGUCCCUGCCUGCACCUCUGCUGGGAGGAAGCCCAGACCCUAAUGUCCUGCCCUGAGUGCAGGGGAAUUUCAGAGAAAUCAGACUUCAAAACCAAUAUUGCACUCAAGAAACUGGCAUCCCUUGCCAGACGGGCCAGAGUUUACCACACCAACAGCUCCAAUGAGCAGAUCUGUGUGGUACACAAGAAAGCAAAGGAGUUCUUCUGUGAGGCUGACAAGAGCCUGCUGUGUGGGCUCUGCUCUGAAUCACCAGAGCAUGUGGCUCAUGGCCACAGUCCAGUCCAGUGGGCUGCUGAGGAACACAGGGAGAAACUUCUGAAGAGAAUGGGCUCUUUAUGGAACACGACUCAAGAAAUGCAAAAUGAUCUGAAUCAAGAAGCUAACAAAAUCCAGUCAUUUGAGGACUAUGUGCUUUUAAGGAAAGUGAUGAUCAAAAUGCAGUAUCAGAAGAUGCAUCUGUUUCUCCGCGAGGAGGAGCAACUCCAUCUGGAGACACUGGAGAAAGAGGCGGAGGAGAUUUUGCAACAACUCCAGGAAAGUGCAUUCAGAAUGACCCAACAGAAAGCAAGCCUGAAAGAAAUGUACAAAGAGCUGACUGAGAUGUGCCACAAGCCUGACCUGGAGCUGCUCCAGGACUUGGGAAAUGUAUUGCAAAGGACUGAAUUGGUGCAGGUGCAAAAGCCUCAGCCCAUGAUUCCAGAGCUCACCUUGCACGGCAUCACAGGAAUCCUAGACAUACUGAACAACUUCAGAGUGGGUAAUGUGCUGAGUCAGGAAGCCACCGGUCGCUACAUGUGCGUUUCUGAGGAUGCUGGAAGUGUGAUGCUUGGAGUCACCCAUCCUGGUGUGUCCAGAGAGCCUGAGAGCCUGGCGAGCUUUGCAGCCUGGGGACCUCAGGUCUUCACCUCUGGUAAACAUUACUGGGAGGUGGAUGUCACAUGCUCCCCAAAUUGGAUUCUGGGAGUCUGUAAAGAUUCCUUUAUGAGUGAUAUUGAUAUCAUUAGUGAUCCUGAGGCAGCAUUUCUUCUGUUUUCUUUGAAGAUAAACAAUCGUUAUAGUCUCUCCACCAACUCCCCGCCCUUAAUUCAGUAUGUGGAAAGGCCUCUGGGUCAGAUUGGAGUAUUUCUGGAUUACGACAAUGGAACUGUGAGCUUCUAUGAUGUUUGCAAAAGUUCCCUCAUAUACAGUUUCCUUCCUUCCUCCUUCUCUUUCCCUCUGAAGCCUUUCCUUUGCUUUGGUUCCCUCUGA